ACACAGAUGCCCUUCAGGGAAGGAUCCACAACCCUCUCCUACUUUUCAUUAUAAGGACUCUACCACAGUCGCCCUGUAAACUUGAUUCCUAUGACAAUACAAAUAAUCACAUGAAGGGCGAGACAAUGCGUGUGAAAAAACGUCAUACAUGUUUCUACGGAAGGAGCUUCCUGUGCGCCUGGCUAACACCAUGAGAGAAGUUAAUCUUCUGCCGGAUAAUUUGCUUAACCGCCCUUCAGUGGGAUUGGUCCAGAGUUGGUAUAUGCAGAGCUUCCUUGAACUUUUGGAGUAUGAAAAUAAGAGCCCUGAGGAUCCAAAGGUCUUAGAUAACUUUCUACAAGUUCUUAUUCAAGUCAGAAAUAGACACAAUGAUGUGGUUCCUACAAUGGCACAAGGAGUGAUUGAAUACAAGGAGAAGUUUGGGUUUGAUCCGUUCACUAGCAGUAACAUCCAGUAUUUUCUGGAUCGCUUCUAUACCAACCGCAUCUCCUUCCGCAUGCUUAUUAACCAGCACACGCUUUUGUUUGGUGGUGACACAAAUCCUGCUCAUCCUAAACACAUCGGAAGUAUCGAUCCCACCUGCAACGUGGCUGAUGUCGUGAAAGAUGCGUAUGAAACUGCCAAGAUGUUAUGUGAACAGUAUUACAUGGUAGCUCCUGAGUUGGAAAUUGAAGAAUUCAAUGCCAAAGCUCCAGGCAAACCUAUUCAGGUAGUUUAUGUGCCCUCACAUCUGUUUCACAUGCUAUUUGAGUUGUUCAAGAACUCAAUGAGAGCAACAGUUGAACUCUAUGAAGACAGAAAAGAGGCCUACCCAGCGGUUAAAACCCUUGUCACUCUGGGUAAAGAAGACUUGUCCGUUAAGAUCAGCGACCUAGGUGGUGGCGUCCCCCUUCGAAAAAUAGAUCGUCUUUUUAACUACAUGUAUUCCACUGCUCCUAGACCGAGCCUGGAGCCUUCAAGAGCUGCCCCUCUGGCUGGAUUUGGUUAUGGCUUGCCAAUUUCUCGUCUGUAUGCUAGAUAUUUCCAAGGAGAUCUAAAACUGUAUUCUAUGGAAGGAGUGGGUACGGAUGCUGUAAUUUAUUUGAAGGCUCUUUCAAGUGAAUCAUUCGAGAGGCUUCCAGUAUUCAAUAAGUCAGCAUGGCGCCAUUACAAGACCACACCUGAAGCGGAUGAUUGGAGCAAUCCCAGCAGAGAGCCCAGAGACGCUUCUAAAUACAAGGCACCACAAGACAAGAUCAAGACUAAUAGAACUUUCUAGAGAACUGAAUGCUCUGGUCCUCUCUGUGAAGAAAGAUCAUCUUCCGCAAGUCAACCUCUGAGCUCCUUUCCUCUACCAACUCUGAGUGUGACACCAUAGUUAUUCUAGUACUGGACUUUUCUCAGAGAAACUUCCAUGUAGCUACUUGAGAUCUUCCAACUAGUGUAGUAAAUUGAGUACCUUUAUAG